AUGACUGCUGGUGGCUGUUUCUGCGGCAAAGUCCGCAUCCAACUCAAUGGCCAGCCUCUGAAAGCGGGACUGUGCCACUGCCUCGAUUGUCGCAAGCUUACCGGCUCAAUCUAUUCCUUCGGUUUCGUCAUCAAAACUGCAGACCUGGAGGUCUUGGGAAGUCCGAAAGCCCUGGUCAAAACUUCGGAUAGUGGAAAUGAGAGACACAACUAUUUUUGUCCUGACUGUGGCACGCCGCUUUUCGGACAGGGGAUGAAAGCGGAUGGUACGCCUGAAGAGACUACAGUCCUUCGGGCGGGGAUAUUGGAGGAUUCUCAAGUCUUGACUGAAUGGAAACCGCAGGCAGAGCUAUACACCGAUCGACGUCUGGAGUGGGUGCCUCCCAUCGAGGGGGCUGCUCAAUGUAGUGCCAUGAUACCUCUAUGA